GUCAAGAAAUGCACUUUUGUCCCUGACAUUUAGCCUUGUUCCGCGAUACUGCAGAGCAAAAACAGGAGCGUCUCCCUAGAUGUACAAUUCAAUCCCUAUAAAUACUGUGAAUUUAGCUAAUAACAGUUGAACACUAAAUGUAUUACAAGAUUCCUUACUUAUGCAGCAGCGACAGAGGUGGGAAUGCAGCAGGGCAGGAAAAUGAGAGUACUUACUCUUCGGAAGCAGUACAGUGAAGGAGGAGCAUCUUCAUCCCAGUCACAGACAGACGAAACCAUGGCCUACACUCUUCCGUCGAAACGCCCCAAGCUUUUUGUCAGAGGAAAAGAUGAUUAUUUGCCAGGCAACAUAGUUGAAAUUGAGAUUCACAACUUCAUGACAUAUAGCCAUCUGGUAUCCAAGCCAGGACCCCGUCUUAAUCUUGUGAUUGGGCCAAAUGGAACAGGAAAAAGCUCUCUAGUAUGUGCAAUUGCAUUAGGCCUUGCUGGAGAACCACAGUUACUUGGCAGAGCAUCCAGUAUUGGUGAUUAUGUGAAACGAGGAGAAGAGUCAGGAUGGAUAAAUAUUUCCUUGCGGGGUAAUAGGGAAGGGGAAAUCAUUACCAUUACGAGAAAAAUGGACAGGCAGAAUAAAUCUGAGUGGCAGCUCAAUGGGCGAUUAGUACCAAAAAGGGAAAUCCUAGACAUUGUUCACAAGUUCAAUGUUCAAGUUGGAAAUUUGACACAGUUUUUGCCACAAGACAGAGUGUGUGAAUUUGCGAAAUUAAGUCCAAUACAGCUUUUAGAAGAGACAGAGAAGGCUGUAGGAGAUCAAGAACUUUCAGGGCAACAUCGCACUCUUAUUGAGAAAAGCCGAGAUUUGAAGAGACUAGAAAUAACUGUAAGACAGAAUGAGGAAACCUUGAGUCAACUUAGUGCACAAAAUGCUGAGCAAGAAAGAGAUGUUGAGCGUGUUCGCCAAAGACAACAGCUACUGCAAAAGGCCGAGUCUAUGAAAAAGAAGCUACCCUGGCUGAAAUAUGAUUUGAGAAAAAAUCAGUAUGUGGAGGCAAAAGAGAAAGAAAGAGCAGCAAAGCACAAGCGAGAUGAAAUUGCAAGAUUAAUAGCAGAGCAGAAGAUUCCUAUAGAGGAGAAAAAGCAACAGAAGCUUAAGCUUGAGGCAUCUUGUAAGAAGCUGAACAGUAACAUAAGUUCAAAUGAUAAUAAACGCAGAGAAAUCAUACAGAAUGAAAAUCAACUUAGUGUGCAAGUCCGAGCAAAAGCAAGUGAAAUUGAAGAGGUCAAGAAGCGAGAGGAGUCUCGACAAGAGAGGAUUGCCAGAGCUAAGGAUGAUCUUGCAGCUGCUGAAGCCGAGCUUGCAAAGUUACCAUUCUAUGAACCUCCAAAAGAAGAAAUAGAAUGUCUUGGAGCUCAAAUACGGGAUAUUGAGUUUUCUUCCAAUGAAAAGCGAUCAGUCAAGAGAGAAAUGGGCUAUAAGUUGGAUCAAGAGAGAUCUACAUUGCAGAGAUGUAUAAGCAGGUUGAAAGAUAUAGAAAAUACAAAUAUUAGACUUCUACAAGCAUUAAAAGUUUCAGGGGUUCGCCACAUCUUUGAAGCUGUAGAAUGGGUAAAAACCCAUAGCAAUGAUUUAAAAAAAAGGGUGUAUGGUCCAGUUCUUGUUGAGGUUAAUGUUUCUAACAGAAGCCAUACAGCUUAUUUGGAAGGUCAUGUCCCCAAUUACAUUUGGAAGUCAUUUAUAACCCAGGAUUCAAAUGAUCGAGACUUGCUUGUGAAAAACUUGAAAUCAUUUGAUAUUCCUGUUCUCAACUACACUGGAAAUAGACAAAUGUGGAAUGAACCUCAGCCAGUAACGGAUGCGAUGCGGAAUCUGGGGAUUACAUCAAGGCUUGAUGAAGUAUUUGAGGCCCCAUCCGCUGUGAAGGAAGUUUUAAUAAGUCAGGCUGCAUUAGAUCACUCGUUCAUUGGUUCAGAAGAGACCAACCGCAGAGCUGAUGAUGCAAACAAGUUAGGAGUGAUGGACCUAUGGACUCCUGAAAAUCACUAUCGCUGGUCACUUUCUCGAUAUGGAGGCCAUAGUUCAGCAAGUGUGAGUUCAGUACAAGGAUCGAGAUUGUUUGCUUCUACUGUGGACAUGACAGAAGUUAAUGAGCUUAGUAAUAAAAGGAGAGCAUGUGAACUGAAUAUUGGAAAAUUAGAUGAUGAUGUUAAGUCAAUAUCAAGUGAACAAAGGCAUUUGGAAGAUGAAGCUGCAAAAUUACACAGGAAGAGGGAAGAAAUCAUCAACAACAUGAAAUUAGAACGAAGAAGGCGACAAGAGAUGGAUAAUCGAAUAGAUCAGCGUAGAAGGAAGCUUGAAUCAAUGGAGAAUGAAGAAGAUCUGGAAACAACUAUAUCUAGGCUUACUGACUUGAUAGGCAGGCUAAAUGUGCAACGCUUCAAGCGUGCAAUUGAAAUGAAGGAUUUGUUGAUCGUAGCAGUCUCUCUCAAGCGACACUUUGCACAAGAACAACUUGCAGCUGUUGAAGUUGAUAUGAAGAUAAGGGACAUGGAAAGGGAACUUCGGGAACCUGAAAAGCAGGGCAUCCAAGCUCAGCAAGAACUUGAGCGUUGCAAGGAUGAGCUUGAGCAAUGCAGGAGGCACCUUCAGAGUGCCAAGGCUGCUGCGGAAUCUGUUGCCAAGCUUAACCCUGAACUGCAACAAGCUUUUCUUGAGAUGCCUGAGACAGUUGAGGAGCUUGAAGCUGCAAUGCAAGAUUGUGUUGCACAGGCAAAUGCUGUAAUGUUUCUUAAUCAUAAUGUUCUUGAAGAUUAUGAGCGUCGAUGUGAGCAGAUUAGAAACCUGAAGUUUAAGGUAGAAGGGGAUAGACUCGCACUCAACAAGGUUUUAGCAGAAGUAAAUAGUCUGAAGGAAACUUGGCUUCCAACAUUGAGAAGUCAUGUCAUGAGGAUUAAUGAAACUUUUGGUCGCAAUUUCCAAGAAAUGGCUGUAGCUGGAGAAGUCGCACUUGAUGAGCAUGGUAUGGAUUUCGACAAGUAUGGUAUUCUAAUAAAAGUAAAGUUCAGGCAAACUGGACAAUUGCAGGUUCUUAGUGCUCAUCAUCAAUCUGGAGGGGAACGAUCAGUAUCAACGAUAUUGUACCUUGUUUCACUACAAGACCUUACACACUGUCCAUUUCGUGUGGUAGAUGAAAUCAAUCAAGGGAUGGAUCCCAUAAAUGAAAGGAACAUGUUCCAACAACUAGUCAGGGCUGCGAGUCAACCCAACACACCUCAGUGUUUUUUAUUGACACCAAAACUUCUCCCAGAUUUAGAGUAUACAGAAGCUUGCAGCAUAUUAAAUAUUAUGAAUGGACCCUGGAUCGACAAAACAUCAAAAGUGUGGAGUAGCGGAUCAAAUUGGGGAACUAUAACAGAAAGGCUUUCACAGCAAUCAUGAUUGCAUUCUGUAUAAUUUAUAAAUAAAAAUGGUCGCUGUCAUUGGUCUUUUUUUUGCCCAUUUAGACACAGAAGACAUCCAUGCCUUGAAAUUGUUAGGAGAAUAUUCUCUCUGCUGUUGUCAAGAGUUCAAAUUGGAUGAGAGGAAAAUGAAUGACUUUGAUGUAGGCAGCUAAUCACCUGUCUCAAUUAUGUUUAUCUAAAAGAUGUCCAAGUUGCCAGAUGUCUUUAGCUGGAAUUAUGGCAUCAAUUGAAGUAACUUCUGUGAAACUUGGUGCAAAGAUGAGAAUAUGUAUUCUGAUGCUCAGCUCUACAUAUUGUAUAUUCUAAUAAAGGCAUAUCAAGGCUUUUUGACAAAUUUUUGAAAUUAAUUGUUCUUUCUUGCAAGAGAUAAUGCUUAUCCUCAGAUAUGAGAAAUCUCCUAUAAUGAGAGGUUAUACAAGAAGCAGUUGGAUAUUUAGGAAGCUCUACUCUCAAUACUUUCCUAGCAAGUUGUAUGUUGAGCAUUUUCCAAACUUUAAUGGCCUUGAGAUCAUAUGAUUUUGCCCUUUUCUUAGCAGUUAUGAAACAAUAAAAUAGAGAAGAAAAUAUGCAAUGGUAACAAGCCAUAACAUGUUUUCGAUAAUUAUGUGUGGUUCAGAAUCCAGAUGAUUCAUUAUAUCUUCACAAAGAAUUGCCAA